UUUUUAAGUGUGUGUUUUAUCUUAUGGGACAUUGCUCCUUUUUUGGCACUGAGCUAAGAGUAGCUAGCUUGUUGAUGUGUUACUUGGAUGUUCAUUACAUGACUUGUAAAUAUUGAAAUAAUAUAUAGGUAAUUCCAUCUCAGAAAGCUGGAUCACCAAGGAAUCAGAGAUAAGAUCAGAUCUGUACUUCAAACUUUAUCGUUUAAUUGCCUUCCAACUCUGGCUCAAUUUUGGGCGCCUGUAACAAUUCAGAACAGGUGUUUUCUAACAACUCAAGACCAACUUUUUGUCUUUUCAUUAUUGAUAAAGGACUUUGUUCGCAUAGAAUGAUCUCUAUGGAGUAUAAAUUCUACGUGGAUGGUGAUAGUGAAGAAGAACUCGGGCUUCCUGGUCAUGUGUUUCGGUAUAAAUUCCUUGAAUCAACUCUUGAUGUGCGGUAUUACUCUACCGAAGAACACCCACAGGGCAGUCAUGCUGUACAUUGCAAUGUCACGCAAUCGUUGGCUUUACCCGUGUUCGAUCCUUCUAGCCAGAGCUGUGUUGGUGUACUUGAGCUAGUAACUCUAACGCAUGAUGCUGAUGAACUUCUCAUUAAGAUGGAAGAUCAAAUCUUUGAGGCUCUUCAGAAGGUGGAACUGGAAUAUUCAGAUCCAUAUUUUCAUGGUGACAUCCUUACCAACAGCAAGAAUGAUGCUUUUCAAUAUGCGCUGAAUGAAAUCAGGGAUGUGUUGAAGGUGGUGUGUCAAGUUCAUCGUUUACGUUUAGCUCAAACAUGGGUCCCGUGCUGGUUUUGCAGCAAUGGGAUCCAUGGUGGUACCUUUGACGUGAGCAGUGAAGGACGAGCCUUGUGCACAAUUAAGACAGCGUCCUAUUUAGCAGGGGAAGGGGAGUGGCCCUAUGGAGAGGAUUAUACUUUGUUGGAUGCCUGUCAAUCUCAUCACCUACGAAAGGGGCAAGGGGUUGUUAGGAGGGUGCUUUCAUCUCAUAAAUUGUUAUUCUGCUCAGGUAUAACAAGAUUCAGCAUAGCCGACUAUCCCCUAGCACAUUAUGCAUGCAAGUUUGGAUUGACCGGUUGUUUUGCAAUUUGCAUCAACAAAGGCCAUGGAGACCUGCAGACCUCAUUGAGCAUGAUAUUGGGAACAAUGAUGCAAUUAUUGAAAGGUUUUAAGCUUGCUACUGGAGAAAAACUGAGACAAGAUUUAUCUAUUGAAGCUAUUGAUUUUUGCAAUGAUGAGAAACUUGAUUCUAUGUAGACACCCCAAACUAAUAGAUAUUCCACUACGCUCCCCUUACAAAAUAUAAGAGAGAUGACGCAGCUGGAUUCAUCAAAUCAGGAAUCUAUGGAUGCCAUAAACAAUGGAAGGAAUGAUGUUAGUGCGGAGCAAAGCAACAUACAUGGUACUGAUGUACAGAAGAAAAGCAAAACAAAAACGUGGGAGAGGGAACACAGAAAAGGUGGAAUUCCAAUUAGUUUGGAGGAUCUCCAACGUCAUUCUGGAAUGAAAGUUGAAGAUGCUGCGAAUAGCCUUGGCAGUAAGUUUACACACUCCAAAAAAUAUAUUAUUGUUUGUGAUCUUGCUCAUUUUAUUAUCAAUUAACUUGCUAGACUCCUAUGUAGAGAGAUUUUUGUUUGGCUGUAGGUAACAGACAGUAGUGUUUCUAAUCCAGAAUUUUUUUUGUCCUUCCUGUU